AUUUUUCCACAAAUUUUGUUUUUCCUUUUUUUUUUCUGUCGUUUUAUGUGCGCUUGUGCGGUCAUGUGUUCAAAACGAAACGAAGAAUCCCUCUCUCUCAGAAACUGAAAAACUGGAAAAUUGGAUCUCUCAUUAAAAUAAGGAUUCAGGAAAAAAGAAGAAUUUUGCCCGGAAUUUAUUAGAAAGAGAAUCAGCAGAUUUCAGAUCAUUCUCUUUCGUUUUCAUGAAAAUUUGCUUUGACGAUCUCAUCAAUUUACAGAUCUUUGAGAAAGGCAGCGCCUUACAUACACUCCAAAAUAUAUAUAGACUAGUUUUCAGUGUUAGGGUUAAAUCUGAAUUGUGACCCAAAAUAGCAGUUCGGCUUUUUUUAUGUGAGGAUGCGGAGCUGGAGAGAUCAGAGGAAGGUCUUAACUCAAAGGUGAGGAACUGACUAUCUAUCAUUUAUGAUAUCGUCAUCUAUGUUUGGAGGUCAUGUGACAAUCUCCACUAAUAGCCCCUUUCUCCGGCGGUCUAGUAGUAGACCUGUUGUUUCUGAACCAGGCUCAACUGAGAGACCUAUUGAUGUUGAUGAAGUAUUCUCCUUACCAAUAGAAGCAAGUGAAAUGAAGACGGGUGAUACUUCAAAACACGGCGCAGCUAUAAUGCCAUCUCCAAUUUUUCUAUGGAGAUUCAAGGUUCUGCUAUUUUCCUUGUGGGGUUUUAUCUGCUGCAAGAUUGGCAUCGAUUCCGUUCUGCGAAUGAAUGCAGAUUUACGAGAUUUGUUUCUGUAUGAAGCAUUCUUAUAUUAUAAUCCUCUACUUCUUGUGACUAUGAUGGUGUGGCUCUGGGGGAUCAAUCUUUGGGUUUUUGCACAAUCAUCUGUUAAUUAUGCAAAAAUAUUUGAUCUUGAUCAGACCCAUCUUACUCACAGAGAAACAUGGACGUGUGCCACAUGGAUGACUAUAGUUGUGCCUUCAAGUAUGACAGCAUAUCUCUAUCUGUACUCUCAUGGAGAAGUAUCGUGGGCUGCAUCACAACCAGUGAUUUUGUAUGCCGUUGUUUUGAUGGUUCUCAUUUUCCCUUUUGAUAUUUUCUAUUUAUCCUCCCGUUAUUACUUGUUAAAGACACUUUGGCGGAUAGCAUUUCCAAUUCAGCCAAUUACAUUCUCUGACUUCUUUGUGGCUGAUAUUUUGACCUCAAUGGCAAAGGUAUUCUCAGAUUUGGAGCGCUCAGUCUGUCGUAUGGUCCAUCGGCAGGUUGCAACUAUCGCAUGGUUUGAAGCUGACUCUAUCUGUGGUAGUCAUUCCGCUGCAAUUCCUUUAGUGCUUGUAUUACCUUAUGUUUGGCGCUUCUUCCAAUGCCUUCGGCAAUAUAAGGAUACCAGGGAGAGAACAUGCCUUUUGAAUGCUUUAAAGUACUCAACUGCAGUCCCUGUUAUUUUUCUUUCGGCAUUGAAAUACCAUGUAUUCCCCGAUCAGUGGACCAACAUCUAUCGCCCUCUCUGGCUCCUCUCAAGUGUUGCGAAUUCAUUGUAUUCAUUUUAUUGGGAUGUCACCAGGGACUGGGACUUGAGUGUUUUCUCCAGAAUAUUCAAAUUCAAAACUCCACAUCUAUGCUCCAAUGUGUUGUAUGGACGACAAUGGGUUUAUUAUUGGGCAAUAGGAAGCAACUUGGUCCUCAGGUGCACAUGGACAUACAAGCUUUCAGCUCAUCUCCGCCAUAAUUACCUUACUGUGUUUACAAUUACGGCUCUUGAAAUGCUUCGAAGGUUUCAGUGGAUAUUCUUCAGAGUAGAGAAUGAAUGGAACAAGAUGACUCUUAAGCCAAGCUUGCAGGUCUCCAUGAAUGAUAUACCCCAUGAAGAAGACAGAUUACUACCCCCUAUGAACAAUGACCAUGAUGUAUGAUGAUGAUACCAUGAGCUUCUUCUAUCAUUAAGCUUUUGAAACUUUUUUUUUCAUUCGUUGAGGGAUUUCAUUUUUGAUAUAGAAUGCUUCUUGGUAUCAUCUCAGACCUAAUUUUCAGGUUUCCCAUUUCAUUUUGGGGAUAUAGUGAAGUUACAGCUGCAAUUUUUAGAAAGAGAAAAUGUCUGAUGCAAAUGAGAUGCGCAUUCCUGGAGGAGCAGAUUUCGAUCUGUUGUUAUGAGAAUGUUAAUGGUUUGCUGUCUAAAAUGUGAACGGUUUUAAACCAUUCAAAAAAUCCGAACUAUGUUUCGAUUUUAUUGGUAAACUAUUUCAUAGGGCCAAUAAAGAGCAGCACAUAUGCUGUGCUCCUUCAGGAGUAUAUCAGUUAUUCCCUUGGGAA